CACUCGCAGGGUCGGAUUGUAUUGGACGUCGCCGCGGUCGUCACGGACUUUUUUUUUCGCUCACUCUGUCUUAUUGUUCUAGAGAUUUUCAUUGUUGGGAGUUCGUUGUGAGCAGGACGUGCAUUGACGCGUUGGGGUCGAUUUGCGAUCGCUUGGUUCGGGGGGAGCCUGCAGGAUGGGAUAUUCGCGAAUCAAAGUGGAUUUUCGGGCGUUUCUGUUGAAAUAUUGGUGAAACGAGUGAAAUUUACUGAAUAAUUUACGUGCGAUUGUGAGUGUGUGUGUGUCGGUGAAGUGUGUCUGGUGCAUCUCAUCUGGUCAGAUCCAGUCAAAAAUUCUUUCUUCUCGUGUGUCUCGUUCGCGUACGGAGUUCAUCGAGAGGAUUCGCCAGGCAGGCCGUUACUCCUGGGUUUAUGCAACCCACCAACCUACACAUAGGAAGAAUCCUUCUUGAGGAUGUAUUGGUGUUCCAGAUGCUCCUGUUUUGUUGAUAGUGGGUGAUGUGUGAUGAUGCAUAACAACCAGUUGUGGGGUGUUUGUCUAGAAGAGUGUACGGUGAAGUCCUGCGGGAUAAAAAAGGAUAUCCGCUCCUGACACUGUCAGGAAUCCCAACCUUUCUGCACGAAGAAGAGUAAUGAGGAUGCUGCAGUGGUCCAGCCGGUGAAACGAAAAGUGAAAAGGCCUUGAAUCUGGCCCCUGGCCAGACGACCAGAAGGGCAACCUAGCGAUACCAGCUUUCACAUGUCGUUACGAAAGUGAUCAAUCAGAAAAGUGGUGAUAAUUAAAAAACCAACGCAGAAGAAGAGUAUAGUGGACGCGAUGACAGAAAGAAAGUUUACCCGAGGGUUGAACAAGCCCGGGAUGGCCGCCCAGCUGAGGGAGAACAUCUCGCAGGUUGUACGUGAAUCUGCUUCACUUAGCAAACCUGUCCUGGUGGAGCCGAUCGACUUCGAAGGAUUCAUCGCGAAAAACAAAACCCUCAUCCAGAACGAUCCGCAGCGCGAGCUGCUGCUGUACCCGAGCGACGACGUGACGGAAGUGACGCUGCCGAAAAAGUUCCGCACCGUUACGAGCAACAUUCCGAGCUUUGCCGCUCUCCCAAGUGUCCCUAGUUCACCCAGCAAUGGCUCGGCCAACGGGAACAACCACCCGUCAUCUCCACAAGCCACAGGAAAAGCCGCAACUCCUCCCGGCGGGGGAAACUUGCAGGGCCACCUGCUGACCCGCCAGGCCUUGCACACCUACGAAUCCGCCAACCAUCUGAUACACUACAAAUACAGCGCUUACGGAGGAACUUGCCUCGAUCUGCCACGAAUAUCCCCCGCAAACGAGCUCAAGGAGGAGCUGUACGAAAUCGACACCGACCAUGAGGUGAUCUCCGAGCAGAUGAGCCGCUCCCAGGCGGACACAAUCACCAAGCAGGGCUACCUCCUGAAGGGUCCGGACACCAACUCGGACCGCAUGUUUGCCCACAUCGGCUCAAAGUCGUUCAAACGGAGGUACUGCUACCUGCGGCAGGAAAUCGACGGAACGUACAUCCUGCAGCUGCACAAGGACGAAAAGCAACCGGAAGCGAAGACCACGAUCGUGAUGGACUUUUGCACCGAGGUCGUUACGAAUCCGAAAAAGGGCCGCCACUGCUUCGAGCUGCGGAUGAACGCCGGCCAGCACAAAUCGGUCACGUUGGCCGCGGACGAUGAGGCGGAAAUGGACGACUGGGUGCGCAAGAUUUCCUCCGUAAUAGCCCAGAACAAGCUGCAGGAGGACAAACGAGCGGCGUCGCUGGAACGAACGGCCGCGCCACCACCUCCGGCCAGUCCCUGCUCGGCCAUGAUGUACGGCACGUUGAAGGGCCUCGAGCAGAGCAUGAACCCCCAGCUGAUGAAGUACGGUCGUGAAACGGACAUGUCUAUCGGGCAGGCACGGAAGGAGAACCGCCGACGGUUGUUUGGAGCGUAUCAGUUGCAGCACUUUCCGGCCGGGUCCAAAGUGGCGACCGCCAGCAGUAUGGGAGGAAAGGCGGACGGGAUCGAGCCGUACCGGGAACAGUUUGGCCAGCGGAUUCUGGUGCGAUGUGAUUCGCUCAAGUUUCGACUGCAGGCACCGAUUGAGAGUGUGGCGACGACGGCAAAUGGAGGUGGACAAGGCGCGGCCAAUGGGGACAGUGAACCGGCGCUGUGUCAGCUCGAACCCUACCUCACCUCGGUAGCCCUGUACGACGCCAAAGCGAACCGGAAGCUCACCGAGAGUUUCUACUUCGACCUGAACAAGGAGCACGUACGGGACAUGCUGACCGCGAGCUGUGACUCCGCCAAGCCACAGUGCACCUCACCCAAACCGACGACCAAAGCUCACGGCCAGCAAAACGGAAAUGGUACGCUGGCCCGACACGGCAAGACCCGCUGCGACGGUGCCGAGUUGUGUCCGGAGCUGAGCCGGGAGUGGCUGGCGAAAGCUAGGAAUGCGAUAUUCAGCGUCACGACUCCACAUUCGGACAUUUUCGUGGUGGUGAAGAUCGAUAAGAUUCUGCAGGGGGCGAUCAAUCCGGCGGCGGAACCGUACUUGAAGGCAACGAAGGACGUUAAGAUACUGACGAAGCUGCAGAAGACGGUUCGACAGUACGCGGCAAAGUGUGGCCAUUACCGGAUGCCGUUCGCGUGGGCUGCCAGGCCUCUGUUUCGGCUGUACAGCCACGAUCUGGACACGUCGUUUGACUUUCCGGCGAUUUAUCGGCAGGAGGGAGCGCGGUUGAAGGACGAGGAGUUGCUGAAGCUGCUGGCGGAGUACAGAAAACCGGACAAGUUUAGCAAGCUGACCGUGCUGCCUGGAUCGCUGAAGAUCUACAUCGAGGCGUUGAACGAACUUCCACCAAAUUGUCUAACAACCACCCUGGCCCCGUUGAAACCGUUCCCAUCGCCUCCGACCGCCCCGGGUCCCACCCUGGAGAUGAGCGAGUUCCUUAGCACCUCCGAGCAGCAUCUGCAUCCGUACGCUACCUUCGUUCACCACAUGUACGUUUACCCGUUGCACUUGAACUACGACAGCCAGAAGAUCUUCUCCCGAGCUCGUAACAUUGCCGUAAUUGUAGAACUGCGCGACUCGGACACGGCCGACGCCAAAUCCGUUGAGUGCAUCUACGGCCGCCCGGGCCAGGAAACGCUAGUGUCCCAGCAGUCCUGUCCGGUGCUGCACCACAGCACCGCCCCCACCUGGUACGAGGAGAUCAAGCUGCGACUGCCGCUGCGCAUCACGGCCCAGCACCAUCUGCUCUUUUCGUUCUUUCACGUGUCGUGUAACAUUGCCAAAAAGAAGGACCUGGCGUCGGGGACCAGCGCCGAGACGCCCGUCGGGUACGCCUGGCUGCCGCUGCUCGCCAAAGGAAAGAUGAACAUCGAGGAGCAGUGCCUAGCGGUGGCGGCAUCGCUGCCGGUGGGCUAUCUGUCGAUACAGCCGCUGGGACUGGGCAAGGGGCAGAACUCCGGGCCGGACAUUCAGUGGAUCGACAACCAGCGACCGAUCUUCACGGUCGGCUUCCGGCUCGACUCCACGGUCAUCACGACCGAUCAGCACCUGCACAAUCUGUUUGUGCACGCGGAACGGUUGCUCGAGCAGCCCAAAACCGCCGCCCAGCCGGCCGAGUCGGAAACGUGCAAAAUUCUAAAAGCUGCCCACGCGAUUCACAUCAGCUCGUUGAUAUCGUUUCUGCCGACCAUUCUGAAUCAGCUCUUUACGCUGCUGGUCGCGACGAGCAGUGAGGAAAUUGGGCUGAACAUCAUACGGUUACUCGUGAACGUGUUUCACAUGCUGGCUGAGGAAGCGAAGCGGAAGGAGUUGCUCACUUCUUACGUGCGUUAUGUUUUUCGUAUUGAGGGAUUUCCCGUGAACGGAUGUUCGCCGACCUCGCAGCAGGUCGCUACAGUUCACGGAGAGCUGUGUCGUCAUUUGCCAACGCUGCUGCAUCCGAACAAUACCGAUUUCUUGCUGGUGAACAAGUUUAUGAAGUUUUCCGGGAUAUUCUUUGACAUCAUCAUCAAGAGCAUGGGACAGUUCUUGCUGUCUACCGGACGGAUCAAGAUGCAGCGUAAUGAGCGGUUUCCCAAAGAGUACUCGACACGCAUUGAGUCGCUCUUCCACGUGUUGAUACCUUACCUCAACUCGCGGCACAAGGAUCUCCCGAUGGAGACGGAACAGCUGAACCAAAGCUUGGCCGUGUUUGUGAAACGCUGUCUCUCCUUCAUGGACCGGGGCUUCGUGUUUCGGUUGAUGCGCAUCUACAUGGACCGGUGGGGACCGGGAGAUUCCCGCAUCCUUCAGGAGUACAAGUUUGCGUUUAUUCGGGAAAUCUGCUCCCACGAACACUACAUUCCACUGAACUUGCCAUUCCUGUUGAGUCCGAACAAUCGACCGCCGGACUUGCUGCAGCAGUUUUGUCUGUCGGAAGAUUUCUGUAGACAGCACUUCCUGGCGGGAUUGCUGCUGCAGGACGUCAAGAGUUCCCUCAAUGAAAUUAGUCACAUUAGGAAGCUUGGGCUGACGAUCCUGAAGGACUUGCUAGCGAAGCACGAUUUGGACGAUCGCUACCAGAACAAAGGUCAACUCAGCCGAAUAGCGCUGCUGUACGUUCCCUGGUUGGGAAUCGUCCUGGAGAACAUCAACCGCAUCUCGGACGGUCUGGAGAAGAAGAAGCACGACUCCGUCGGCACAAACCGAAUCUCCUGCAGCAGUAGUUACGUGUUCGCCCGGGAAUCAACAACGACGGUCAUCCCGUCCACGGUCACAUCCCAAACAAGCACCCCAAAGUCGCGCAGCAAUCGAGUUACGCUCCAUCUGGACUACCCCAGCCCGAUCCGAUCCUCCCUUCACCUCAAAGACACCAGCUUCCUGUCCGCGAUCGCCGGUCAAACAUCGCUUUCCAACGGUCACUCGACCACAUCGCUCAACUCCGACUGCUCGACGCUGUCCCACGACGGGACGGUGGUAAUACGGCACAGCGAAACGAACGGCACUUCCGGUGGCCGACCUAGUCACGCUCGCUCGAUCAGCGUAACGCAACCGACGAUGAUCCAACGCACAGACAAGUUCACCCCGGCCGAGACCAAAGACAUGCUGAUCAGCUUUCUGUUUGUGGUGAAGCACCUGUCGCCGGACCACAUGCUCGCCUGGUGGCACAACUGUACCGAGAGCGAAACGGUGCAGUUCUUCACGGUGCUGGAUUUGAGCCUGCUGUACUUCCGGUACGUCGGCAAGAAGAACAUUCAGGUGCAGGGCGAGAUUGGGAACGACGCAAAGUCCAGCAAAUCAGCGAAGGCAAGUACGCUACCGGCGAGGAUGAUGCCACCGAACAGUGAGUCAGCAAACUCGUUCGAUUCUGGUACGCUGAAUCAUCCCCAGACUCGAGAGAAUUUAGUGGAGGAAACAGUGCGGCUGCAUCGAGCGCUGUGCGAGUCGAAUCUCGCGACGGAAAUCGGCUUGACCAUUUUGGACUGCUUGGGUCUCUACUCGAUCCAGUUCCGGGAUUCGAUGCAGGACAGUUCGGUGCUACCGAAGGUAGCUCGCGUCUACCUGCGAUUCUUACAACUCGGUCAAUCGGAGUCCCUCUCCAAGCACGUGUUUGCCGCUCUCCGUGCGUUCAUCAACAACUUUUCGCACGCCCUGUUCAAGGGCAACGCCAUCCUUUGCGGCCAGCUGGUCUACGAACUGCUCAAGUGCUGUGAUAGCCGAUUGUCUAGUCUGCGGCAGGAGGCCUGCGCCGUGCUGUACCUCCUCAUGCGCUCCAACUUUGAGUUCAGCGGCCGAAAGGGCCUCACCCGCGUUCAUCUCCAGGUCAUCAUCUCCGUGUCCCAAAUGAUCGGUAACGUCAUCGGCCUGAACAACGCCCGCUUCCAGGAGUCGCUCUCGAUCAUCAACAGUUACGCUACAAGCGACAAGGCGAUGAAAGGCAGCGGCUUCCCGAUGGAGGUCAAAGACCUCACGCGGCGCGUUCGCACCGUACUCAUGGCCACCGCCCAAAUGCAAGCUCACCACAUGGAUCCGGAACGCCUCCUAGAACUUCAGCACUCCCUAGCAAACUCGUACGCCUCCACCCCGGAACUCCGCCACACGUGGCUGGUAACGAUGGCCCGAAACCACGAACAAAACGGAAACAUUUCGGAAGCUGCCUGCUGCUACCUCCACAUCGCAGCCCUAAUCUCCGAGUACCUGCGGCUCAAAGGUUGCUGCUCGGUGGCGUACGGCGCGGAGUCGUUUUCCAAGAUAUCGCGCAACAUCCCGCGGGACGAGCGUGGUCUCAAGCUGGACAGUGGGGCGCAGGACUCGCAGUACACGGAGCAGUUGCUGCUGGAUCAGCUGAAGGAGUGUGCCGCGUACUUGGACCAGGCCGAGCGGCUCGAGUGUUUGGGCGAGCUGUACCGGUUGAUUGUGCCGAUACUGGAAGCGCGACGGGACUAUCCGGGAUUGGCGCAGUGUUAUCAGCAUUUGACACAGGCGUACAACCGGGUGAUCGAGUUCAACAAGACGGGCAAGCGGCUACUGGGGCGGUUCUUCCGGGUUAUCUACUAUGGGCAGGCUUACUUCGAGGACGAAAACGGCGUCGAGUACGUGUACAAGGAGCCGAAGGUGACCUCGCUGAGCGAGAUCUCCGAGCGGCUGGCCAAGCAGUACCGGGACAAGUUCGGCAGCGAUCACGUCAGGAUGAUUAUGGACUCCUCGCCGGUCGACGCUUCAACUCUCGACCCCAAGCUGGCCUACAUCCAGGUGACGCACGUGACGCCGUACUUUUGCAAGGACGAGCUGGAGAUCCGGCAGACUGAGUUCGAGCAGAACCACGACGUGGACACGUUCAUGUUCGAGACGCCGUUCACGCCGAAUGGGGGUGCGCGCGGCUCGGUCGAGGAACAGUGGAAGCGGCGGACGGUGUUGACCACUCAAUACAGCUUCCCGUACGUGCUGAAGCGCAUACCGGUCAAGGACCGGCAGUCGUUCGAGCUGAGUCCGAUCGACGUCGCGAUCGACGAGAUGCAGGCCAAGAUGGGCGAACUGGAGGAAGUGGUUCUGGGCCCGAUCGACGCCAAGAAGCUGCAGCUUAGGCUGCAAGGUUGCGUGGCCGUUACGGUCAACGCGGGACCGCUGGCGUACGCUUCGGCAUUUCUAGAUCCGAAAAAUGGCUCCAAAUACCCCGCCGACAAGGUUGAGGAUUUGAAAGAUGUGUUCCGUGACUUUGUGCGCAUUUGCUACACCGCGCUGCAGAUUAACGCGAACGUCAUCUGCUCGGACCAGCGCGAGUACCACAACGCGCUGCACGAGAACUACGAGGCCCUGUGCUCGGCGCUCAGCGAUCUGCUGGGCGAGUUUGUGUACCCGCUGGACGACAGCAACAACAACGCUCACCGCCAUAGUCUUGCCUUGUUCUCCGCCAUCAGUGGCGCGCCGAACAACUCCAGCACCGCUUAGGGAGUGGGGGCUCAGGAA